AUGCCUUCGGUCAAAAACCCCAACGGCCCGUCCAAGAACCGGCUGGUGGCACGCGCCUCCAAGGCCAGGUCCGUUGCACGAAAGCGCGGCGAGGAGGCCCGGAACAAGAUCAGCAAGGCGGACACGACGCGAGGCGCGCGGCCAGGCAUUCUCCCGACGAGCGGCCCAAAGGCAAAGUUGAGCGCCAAGAAGCAGAGGAAGUUGGAGAAGAAGAUGGGGUACGCGCUGAAGCGGAGGAUGGAGGCUGAGGGUGAGGCCGAGAUGAAAGGCAAGUGCAUCGAUGCCCCUCUCCUUUCCUCCCCACGCACAUCCCUUCGUCCCAGAAGCUAG